AUGACCACCACCACGAACAACGACCAAAGCAGCCUUGAUGCUGUAUUGCAAUUACUAUCUUCAUUGACGCUAUCGAAUGAUGAGGCGCAAACUCUCAUCCAAGUGAUUUCUGAUGGUAGUGGAGGCCCUCCUGUCAUGUCGUCUGCAACUCCUACGGCGGCCGUCAUCACCCCAGUGGUUGCUUUGCUACCCUGGAACCGUCCCCCUCCUGCAGUAGCUGUUGUCAGCCCUCCUGCAGUAGCUGUGUCAGCCCCUCCUGCAGUAGCUGUCGAGACUCAGGCCGCUGCAUUCGUGCACCGUCAUCGUCCACGGCGAGACAAGGGGGCCAGCAGCAAUAUCGUGAUUCAGCUCUUCGAUGUUCCGCGUGCUGGGGCCCUUGGUCCUUUCUACCUUGUCACCCGCGGCCGCGGGCAGCGCACAUCCCCGCAUGUCCUCGGUGUUAGCUGUUCAUCAUUCAGCCGCUGCAAGUCCCUUGAUGACAGCCUGGUGCGCAUGCUCGAUGCCAUUGAUCUCGGAGAAGUGCAGUGGCUGCCUUAA